GCUGUCUGUCGCCGGCGCCUUCCCUUCCCUUGUCUGCUGUCGUUCUUUGUUCCGGACGCCUCCGCGCGGCCCCUCUUCACUCUUGCUUCUCGUCGGCUCGAUUCUACCCUCUUUUAACAGCUUGGUAUAGUGAUGAUGCGUUUUUCCACCCUCCAUUCUGCCGCUCUCGUAUUUCUUUCCUUUGAUCUGCGUGCAUCCGCGCAUGGCUUUCCUACUGAUGUCUCUAUUGAUGGCAAGACAUAUCCCGGUGCCAAUGGUCCCAACGCGUCGGGCAAUUCUCCCUUCCGCAAGGUCAGCUCCGGCAGUCCAGUGACAGAUCCAACUUCACAGGACAUUAUUUGUGGUUUGGACUCCAAGAAAGCGUCCACCUCUGCCUCCGCAAAUCCCGGAAGCGUCCUCAAGAUCAGUUGGGGAGCCAAUUCGGGUGGGAACUGGUUCCAUAAUGUUGGCCCGAUAAUGACCUACAUGGCACGCUGCACUGGCGACUGCUCAUCCUUCUCUCCUGAUUCGUCGAUCGCAUGGUUCAAGAUCGACGAGCAAGGCGAGUCUGUCCCAGGGGACUCAAAUACCUGGGCGCAGAAGAACCUUGACUCAGGUGCUCCGACGACUGUCACCAUUCCAAAGAACUUGGCUUCGGGCAAUUAUCUCAUGCGACACGAAAUCAUUGCCUUGCAGAACUCUGGCACGAAGGGUGGCGCUGAGUUUUACCCGAGUUGCCUGCAGCUCAAGGUUGGCGGCGAUGCAACCGGUGAACCUGAUAAAACUGUUCACUUCCCAGGUGCAUAUAAGGCGACUGACCCUGGCAUCUUGGGCUUUUUCUACAACCCUGGCACGGUAUAUACGUUCCCUGGAGGUGAUGUUGCGAAGAUCGGCGGCUCUUUGCCGUCUUCCGGCGACUCUGGCUCUGACUCUGGGUCAUCCUCGAAGGCCAGCCCGACGAAGUCCUCCUCGAAGGGUAGCAGCUCUGCCACGCCUACUGCAACGGGCGACGCAGGUGCAGCAAAGCCCUCAGCAACUGGUCGAUGCAGAUCCAGGAAGCGUAACCUCCGCCGUGCUAACGACACUGCCGAAGGGCUGGCAGGUCGUUCCUUGAAGAUGCACCGCAAGCGCCGUUCUGCACAUGUUGCGUCGUUCUAAUCGUCUUCCUGCGAUACUAUCUUUUUAUAAUUCGAUUUUCCUCCUUACCCUCUUUUCUGCUUUGUCAUCCUCGCCUUUAUACUCCUGUGGCCGUGGUCGGAAGACCGGCUCUCCCCAGUAUACCACGAAGUAACGACUCGACGUCGUACGAUAGCCCUAAGGCUAUGAGCUAAACCUGACACGACUUGACGUCGCCAUUUUUUUUUUCGCGUAUUGUUAUCAUUACUUGUACUUGUCCGUCAUUACACGCUUUGGUCGUUGUAGAUUACUUUGUAGCUAUAUUUGAGCGUUGAGACGCAAUUGCAUUGCGAAUGAAAUCGGAAAUUCCGCGUUUGUAACCCC